UGCGCGUUCCUUUCCAUCCGCGUGCCCGUGGGUCAGCCCGUGUGUCUACGCCGAAGGUUUCCAACAGGGAAGAGAAAUGCCGUCAAAAAUCAUCUUUGAAAGCGAAGACCUAGCCAUGGAGGACGAUGUGGACACUGUAGCCGAGGCUAAACCCCUGAAGAAUAAGACCAAGGAGGGCAAGAAGCUGAAGAAGAAGAAGCUGCUGGAGGACCAGGAAGAGCAGGAGGAACCAGACUGUGAACCUCCAGCACCAAAGAAGAAAAAGAAAAAAGAUAAACUGGCAGCGGACCAAGUCAACGACCACAUAGAUGAGGCAACAGACAUGAACGGCAACAGUAAUGGUGUUGAAACACCAAAGAAGAUUAAGAAGAAAAACACUGAAGGAGACACAGAGAAAAAAAGGAAGAAGCAAAAGAAAGCAGAAGCAGAAACCAACGGACAUUCCACCCCAAACACCCCUGUCCAGACGCCCAUCCAGACACCGGCCCAGUCAAGUGAAGAAUCAGCCAGUGACAGCGAAAAAGAAACGGAGGAGACACCAGAGCAAAAAGAAGGGGCCUUCUCCAACUUCAGGAUCUCCCAAGUGACCAUUGAUAAACUAAAAGCUCGGGGAGUCUCUUACCUGUUUGACAUUCAGGUGAAGACAUUUAAUCCUGUUUAUGAUGGAGAGGAUGUCAUUGCCCAAGCCCGAACAGGAACAGGAAAGACUUUCUCAUUUGCCAUCCCUUUGGUGGAGAAGCUCCAGAGGGACACAGUGGAGUUCACCAGAGGCCGAGCUCCCAAGGUUCUGGUGUUAACUCCAACCAGAGAGUUGGCUAUCCAGGUUGCUAAGGACUUCAAAGACAUCACUAAGAAACUGUCUCUCGCCUGUUUCUAUGGAGGCAGCUCAUACAAUCCACAGCUCGAUGCUAUCCGUAAUGGUAUUGAUAUUUUGGUCGGCACCCCUGGGCGCAUCAAAGACCACCUCCAGAACAAUAAACUCUGCCUCUCUAAACUGAAACACGUUGUUCUGGAUGAAGUUGACCAAAUGUUGGACAUGGGAUUUGCAGAACAGGUUGAAGAGAUUUUGGCUUCAUCAUAUCAGAAAGACUCCGACUCCAACCCACAGACACUUCUGUUUUCGGCCACCUGCCCCCCCUGGGUCUACGAGGUUGCCAAGAAAUACAUGAGAGUAGGGUGCAAACAUGUUGAUCUGAUUGGCAAGAAAACACAGAAGGCGGCAACAACUGUGGAACAUCUGGCCAUAGCAUGCCACUGGUCACAGCGUGCAGCUGUGAUAGGCGAUGUAGUCCAGGUUUACAGUGGCAGCCACGGCAGAACCAUCGUGUUUUGUGAGACAAAAAAAGAGGCCAACGAACUUUCCUUGAAUGCUUCCAUCAAACAGAGUGCCCAAUCCCUCCAUGGGGAUAUUCCUCAGAAACAGAGAGAGUUGACGCUGAAGGGCUUCAGAAAUGGAGCUUUUGAGGUUCUGGUUGCCACCAAUGUUGCAGCCCGUGGAUUAGACAUCCCUGAAGUCGACCUGGUGGUCCAGUGUUCUCCACCCAAGGAUGUGGAGUCAUACAUCCAUCGUUCAGGUCGUACAGGCCGAGCAGGAAGGACGGGAGUCUGCAUCUGUUUCUACCAGAGGAAAGAGGAGGACCAGCUGCGCUACGUAGAAAACAAAGCGGGUAUCACAUUCAGACGGGUUGGAGUUCCCACUGCCAACGAUAUCAUCAAGUCAUCAAGCAAGGAUGCUGUCAGGUUUCUGGACUCUGUUCCAGUAACAGCCAUCGAGUACUUCAGAGCAUCAGCUGAGAAGCUGAUUGAGGAGAGAGGAGCAGUUGAUGCACUUGCCGCUGCCCUGGCACAUAUUUCUGGAGCCACAAAUCUAGAGCAGAGGUCACUGCUCAACUCUGAUGCUGGUUACACCACUGUGCAGCUGGUGUGUUCUCAGGAGAUGCAUAAUCUGGGUUAUGCCUGGAGAGCCAUUAAAGAUCAGCUUGGAGAGCAGUUUGAGAACCAUGUUCACAGAAUGACCUUCCUCAAAGGCAAAAUGGGAGUUUGUUUUGAUGUCCCCGUUGACAAAGUCAAGGAGAUUCAGGAGAGCUGGAAGGAUGGUCGCCGUUGGCAACUGACUGUGGCCACAGAACUCCCAGAACUAGAGGAGAAGCAGUUCAACAACCGCGACAGAGGUUCUGGCGGUGGUAACCGCGGCGACAGAGGAGGAGGGUUCAGAGGUGGAAGGGGGCGGAAUUUCGGGGGAAAUGGUGGCCGCAGUAACGGGUUCCGGAAUGGCGGCGGUGGCUAUGGCAACAACAGAGGAGGACAGAAACGCAGCUUCAGUCAAGCUUUUGAUUAUUGAAGUGCCAACAUGUGGACUGAUUAAGACUGUGUGUCACUCAUCUGGGCUGGCAAGGGUUUUUAUUCCCUGAUGUAUCCCAAUCAUUAUGUAAGCUGAAUUGUUAGCUUUCAAAUAUUAAUCAUCAUAUACAGCACAUUAAGCGACCAAUUUCCCCUCUCUAAAAAAAAUAAGGGAAAAUGCUAUCUGAUAAAUUAGAUUUAUUUCCAAUUAGCAAUUUGCUAUGGGUUCAAGAUCAGACCUUCUGUGUACAGUAUAUUAACACAGGACCACUGGCAGCCAUUUUUUAAGGCCUGAUGUGUGCUUCUUUUAGGUGACACUUUAGUUGAAACUCAUGAGAUGAUGAAACUGAUGAAAGUUUUACUACAUUGGUUGGAACAUAAUUCAGUUGCUAUGUCUUGAAUAGCACGGGGUCAUAAAUAUUGGCUAAUCAACCUUAAGAAAAGGUUAUGAUAUGACAUCCAUUGAGUUUCAGAUAAAGUGUUACUCUUUUUUGUACUAGGUGUUUGGGGAACGGUGGCAACAAUCAGUCUUGAGUCUUUGUCUCAAUACAAGGCACCUCAUCCUGACCUAACAACUUGUAAACAUGCUACCUGUAACACUAGAAAACAAGGUGCACUGUACUGCAGACACUGUGGUGUGGUAGGCACCAUAUUUCUGCUCUGCACCCACAGAGAACAGUGAUGAAAUGGAUGUUAACCUUUACAGUUGUGCGCAGUUUGAGAUCGCUGCCUUACCCUCAGCUGAAAUCUGUCUCCCCAAAAAUAUAUUGGAUGAUUGCUUUGCAAUCGCCUCUAUUUAAUAACUGUGUCGACUGCUUGCAUUCAUUUGAAUGAAAUGACUUCUUAUUAAAAAAAGGUCAACUCA